UUCUCUUCCUCCCAUCUCUUUAUUUACAAGUCCAUGUCCCUUCUCUCUUUUCUCUCUCCUUAUAGUUUUCUUCUUUUCUUGUGUGUGUGCAUAUAUAAAUAAGAGCAAAAGCUACUACAGUCUUUAGUGUAUAAUUACACUUACAAAUGGGACGAUCACCAUGCUGUGACAAGGUUGGUUUGAAAAAAGGACCAUGGACCCCUGAAGAAGAUCAAAAGCUCUUAGCUUAUAUUGAAGAACAUGGCCAUGGAAGCUGGCGUGCUUUGCCUGCAAAAGCUGGACUUCAGAGGUGUGGCAAAAGCUGCAGACUUAGAUGGACCAAUUAUCUUAGGCCUGAUAUUAAGAGAGGAAAGUUCAGUUUGCAAGAAGAACAAACCAUCAUUCAACUCCAUGCCCUCUUAGGGAACAGGUGGUCGGCAAUAGCUACACACUUGCCUAAGAGAACGGAUAACGAGAUAAAGAACUAUUGGAACACACAUCUUAAGAAAAGGUUAACCAAAAUGGGGAUUGAUCCAGUGACUCACAAGCCUAAGAAUGACGCACUUCUCUCUAGUGAAGGUCAAUCAAAAACUGCUGCAAACCUUAGCCACAUGGCUCAAUGGGAAAGUGCUCGUCUUGAAGCUGAAGCAAGACUUGUUAGGGAAUCAAAACUACGCUCACAUUCACUACAACAUCAUCAUCAUCAUCAUCAUCAACUUGGAAAUUCUUCUGCUUUUGCAUCUUCAUCUUCUGCUUCAACUUCAGCUCCAAUUCUGAACAAUAAUAAUAAUAAACAAGAGGCAUCAUCAUCAUCACAUGUAGCCUUGCGUUCCCUUGAUGUUCUUAAGGCUUGGAAUGGAGGGUGGUUGAAAUCUAAUGAAGGAAAUGGUGGCAUUGCAAGUAAUGACCUUGAGUCACCUACUUCUACCCUUUCUUUCUCCGAGAAUAAUGCACCACCAAUUAUGACUAGUGGAUCAAUUGGAGUAGGAGGAGGAGGAGGAGAAAAUGCUGUGCCUAUGAUUGAGUUUGUGGGAACUUCAGGUUCCAAUUCUGAUGCAGGUGUUGUGAAAGAAGAAGGUGAUCAACAAGAGUGGAAAGGUUAUGAAAGUUCAACUCAUUUGCAAUUAGAAUACAAAGAUCAUGGUAUGGAAAAUUCAAUGAAUUUUAGUUCUGGUUUGCAUGAGUUGACAAUGUCCAUGGAAGGAACAUGGGGUUCUGAGUCUCUUAGGACUAGUGGUUCACAUGGAGAUCCCAUUGCUGAAGAAGGGUUUACUAAUCUUCUGCUUAAAACAAACUCCGGUGACCAGAGGAGUUUGUCGGAGGGUGGAGGAGAGUCUAAUAACGGUGGUGAUGGUAGUGGCAGUGGUAGUGGUGAUGGUAGUGGAAGUGAUUUCUAUGAAGAUAACAAUAACUACUGGAACAGCAUUCUUAAUUUAGUGAAUUCUUCACCUUCUGAUUCCCCUAUGUUCUGAUUGAUAAGUUUGUGUUGGAGGUGUACGUGUGAAUCACAUAUAGCAUAUUCCUCAAAGUUAAAAAGCCAUUGGUUUUCCAUAUAGUGAUUUUUGUUCAUGGUUUAGCAGAGAGACUUUUCCUUGGAAGUAUAUGUAAUUGUAAUCGUCUGAAAAGCAAUUGGGUACUCUUCCACCAUCAAAUGUUCAUAUCAAUUUGUUUGGAUUUGACUUUGAUUUCAAUUUCUGAAUUAUUAUGGUUUUGUUAAGUAAAGGAUAUGUUUCUCUAGACAAACUGAUGAUAGAUAUUAGAGUGAGUAUGUGAAAUUGAGUGAUUUUUAAUUACCCGUAAGUAAUUUUCAAUGUUCAAACUGUGCAACAAAGGAUCAAGAAAGGAAAGAUUUA